AAGAAAAUCUGAUCAGAUGAAAAGCUGUUGCAUUUGAAGGAAUCUUUCAGCUCGGCUACGUCCUCCAAUGCGAUUGCCCAGGUGGAAUCCGAAUGCCUCUCAGUUGCAAGGAACAUUCUUCGACGAAAGCAUUCUACAGAUGCCCGAACAUUCAAAUCGUGAACCUAUUCCGAAACUCUAGGCUUCUAGAAUUCUGGAAAGUACCUUCGUACUGGUGGGUGAAUUGUCAGCAUUAAAGAGCUAGAACUCGUGAAGAGAUUAUCGCUUAGUAAGCCAAGGCUAAGCCACUUUGACUUGCAUCAUCGCUGUUGGACCUUAUUUAUUCUAAGUCACAAACGGUUCUUCGAAACUAUUCUACGAAUCUGCGAAAUCUUCGCACCUAGCAUCUUGUGCGAUUCUGCUAUCUUAUUGCGACAAUAUGGAAGAAAUCAAAUCACUCUCGCAGUUCAACAAACUGAAAGCAAGCAGCUCCCUCUUGAUAAUCGACUUCUACGCAACGUGGUGCGGACCAUGCAAAGCCAUUUCACCCGUCUUCGAGAAGCUGGCGAAGCAGCACGAAUCCUCAACCUCCAUAAAGUUUGCAAAGGUCGACGUUGAUAAAGCGAAAGAUGUUGCUCAGACCUGCGGGAUCACAGCGAUGCCGACCUUCCAAUUCUUCAAGGCAGGCAGCAAGGCAGAUGAGGUCAAAGGUGCCGAUGUCAACCAGCUACAAACAAAGAUCGGAUACUAUACUGCUGCUGUUGCAAAGGAAGGCUCUGGUCAAGGAACGAAGGCAAGCGCUUCGACUGGCGCUACAAGUGGGCCCGUCAGUCUUCGAUCGUUGAUCGAUAUUAGCACGUCUAGGCUUCUUAAUACCUCCAACCUAAGUUCCGUGAGGAACAUUGCAAGCCCACCUCCGGCUGGCUAUGCAAUAGCCUCCGCAACUGGUACAGCGCAGUGCCUCAUCCAUCUCUCCUUCACACAAGCUGUCACCCCCAGUCAGAUCAAGAUCACCGUGGCCAAUGACUCCUUGUCCAACGGCCCGUCAAGGAUCCAAGUCGGAACAAAUGUCCCUGUUCGCGUAACCAAAUCCCCUGAUGGCGUAGAGUCCAACGACCUAGCUAUGGAGUCCAUAUCCAAAGCAGAGAACACGCAAGCAUUCAACAUCUAUUCAGACGAGUAUACCAAUGGUACGACUGAACUGAAGCUCAAGGCAUCGAAAUUCAAGUCCGUGAAGAGUUUGACGAUCCGAAUCGAUGCAAACAUCAGUGGGGAGGCUAAAACAAUCACAAAGGUGAAGGAAAUGGACAUCAUCAGUAGCAAGGCUUGAUAUGGAGAGCAAGCGAGAAAGAAAACAGCCUAUGAAUGUCUUUGUUUUGAACUUGCGUGGCUUACUUCUUCAAUACCCAGUCCAAGCAUUGCUGGCUGUCUCCGAAAUCCUUUAUCACUCUCCUCAAGUCUCAAAGCAACCUCAUAAGAUAGCCAUCAGUAUGGUGACGUCGAUCCUUCUACUUCCGUUGGUUACACGUUUAGAUCCGCUUAUAUUCGUUGUAUCGAACAUCUUGGUAAGCACUUUGUAUGAAACGCAGGAGUCACGUGUGGUGCAUUUUCUGGAAAAACUGAACAUGCGUCAAUAUAGCCUAGUAUGGCUUUUCGUACCUCCGGUCCCCUAUCUUUUCCUUUUGGGAAGUCCCAUACGUC